GGCUCCGGGAGGAUCUGCGGGGACCGAGUCCCUUUCCUAGGUGGGAGGAAAAGCGGGGUUCAAACACACACACACACGCCCACACACCUGCCGGGAGGGCUAGAGCAAGGGGAGCGGGAGGGCAGGUCGCUCGAGGAGUCACCGUCCCCCUCUGCUCUCCCCGCAGGCGCCGGGCUGGGGACCGUGUCCCUCUGGGGCAGCCUCCUGCUCGUUGCCGGCCUUGCCCUCGACCCAGCGUCGCCGAUCUGCAACUGCUCAGAGCCCAUGGACUUCCAAGCUUUCCGGGAGGCUCCACUCCCUGAGAGCUGCUGCCUCAACUUCACCAGCUCCAACAUCACCCACCUGGACUGGGGUGCACUGGUGGGGGUGCGGGGGCUGCGGGAGCUCUACCUCUCACACUGUGGUAUCACAGCUAUCAGCAACGCACAGGGAGUCCCCCCUGCCUUGGAGAUCUUGCACUUAAGUCACAACCUGCUGGAAAGUCUCCCUGGAAGCUUUCUGGAAAAUGCCCCUAAUUUGAGGGUUCUUUAUCUGGACAGCAACCAGCUCCAGGAGCUACCCAGGUCCUUCCUGAAAGCAUCAUCCCAGGUCCAGGAGGUCUACCUGGGCUUCAAUGCCCUGACCUUCCUUCCUUCCAGCCUCCUGAAGCCAACUCUGCUCCAGCUUCAGCUCUCCAACAACAGCUGGGACUGCAGCUGUGCUUUGUUCACCACCCUGGUGGGUUGGCCCAGCCUGGCUGCUGAUGUUAUCUGCCACACGCCGGAGCGGUACCACGGCGUGGACCUCCAGAGCAUCCCCCAGGAUGAGCUGUGCCGCUCCCACAGCCUCACUGCCCUCUUCAUCUGCCUGCCCCCUCUCCUCAUCCUCGCCAGCAUCACUUGGUGCUUCUGCAGGCAGAAGAAAAGGACCAACUACAACUUUCAGAACAGGUCCCAGAGCCACCGGGCCACAGCAGAGAGGGGCAGUGUGCCAGUGUCUGCAGAGCCCCACCACUACAACCCCUACGAGCUGCCUGCUGCUCCCGCUGAGACUGAGAAAAAAGUGCUGCUGGGGAGACAGGUCCUGCUCCAGCCCUUUGCAGAACCGCUGGAGAGUGGGAGAGACCUCUAUGAGGAGGUGGAGAUUCAGGUGGGAUCCCCCAGCAGUUCCCAGGUGUCAACCCACGAAGGGCAGCUGGGCACCUCGGCACCAAGGGCAGAGGAGCUGGGGGGCAGUGAGCCAGAGGUGGACACUGUCAGCGUGAGCGAAGUCCUGAAGGACUCUGCUGACCGGGAGAAGAUCUACAUGAGUCAGUCAACCAACUAUUACAACCUGGUACCUGGCAUCGAGCUGGAGGACUCAGACAACCUGGAGUAUGAGACCAUUGACCUGCACUGACACCAGGACUCAGGUUGUGUCUGGGACACACCAGCAAGAUGGCAGGGGCUGGGCAGGAGUGAAAGCCAGCAGAGCAGGAGAGGCAUGAACUGCCCUGCCAUGGCUUACAGUGGCUGUCUGCAAAGCUGCAUCCCCAAAUACCCAUCCCUUCCCCAGCGCUGCCAUUGCACCCAUCGCUUGCCAUGUGCUGCAGCUGGGCAGGUGGUCUGAGGGUGCUUCAGGCCCUGGGGACCCUGCCGCAGGCUGGUGGUGUCUGGGGACAUGUGGGUUAUCAAUGCCUGAGGAAGGACAUGGAGAGGAGGUGGGGGCUGGUUUGGGGGAGCAGGUGACAAUACUGUGUGUGCCAGACCCACUGACAAGAGCCUCCAUCCUCUCUUGCUGAAGCCAGAUGGCAUCUGGCAUGGAGCUUUUACUCCCCAGCCUACAGAGAACAGGGUCUAGGGACAUGUCUGGGGACAAGGGCUGGCCCUGCCUGUGUGGUCUGCAGGGGCUGUCACAUAUGGAUGGUGUGCCCUGGGCUUGGCAGGGGGAACCUGGGGUGGCCCUGCCUGCUGCCCACCCCACAUCCCACCGUGGCAUGGGGACUUAAAACAGCCAGUGCAGGUGUGCUGCUCUAUGUACAAGUGUGUGCAGGGAUUGUGCACAGGUGAGUGUGAGGGUGUUCGAGGUGCCCACACACACUGGGAGGCACCAGAGAGGGCCCCUUGCAACUUCCCCUGCCUGGUGUGCUGCCCAGCCCUUGUAGC